GCGCUUUCUUCGCCGCCGCGCCUCCAGCUGCCCUGGUUACGGUUGGUGUUUGCGAAUUCUCUGCAGCGCCUUCCUCGCUUGAGACCUGCGUCGCCCGGCUACCGGCGACGGUUCGAUACGCGCGCGCCCGUGUCACGUGGGCCAAGGCGCCCUCGCGGUUGCUGGCGGGCUGCUAAGCCGGGAAGAAGCGGCGGUCACCGCUCGCUCUGCCUCUGCGCUCCUGGGCGGGCGCUCGGGUAAAAAUGGCGAAAUGGGGGUAGCGGCCGCCGAACCUGAAGCGAUGGGGCGCGCAGGUGGGGCGGUUGUCGGAGCCCCCUGACGUGUGCGCCGGGCUUUCCUCGGCGAUUUGACCUGGCGACCUCGGGCCGUAACCUAAGAGGUCAGACUACAGAGUCCGCGGGUCGCCGAGGGCCCCGCUCAGAGCCGGAGGCAAUGGAUGAACAGAGCGUGGAGAGCAUUGCUGAAGUUUUUCGAUGUUUCAUUUGUAUGGAGAAAUUGCGGGAUGCACGCCUGUGUCCUCAUUGCUCCAAGCUUUGUUGUUUCAGCUGUAUUAGGCGCUGGCUGACAGAGCAGAGAGCUCAGUGUCCUCAUUGCCGUGCUCCACUCCAGCUACGAGAAUUAGUAAACUGUCGUUGGGCAGAAGAAGUAACACAACAGCUUGAUACUCUUCAACUCUGCAGUCUCACAAAACAUGAAGAAAAUGAAAAGGAUAAAUGUGAAAAUCACCAUGAAAAACUUAGUGUAUUUUGCUGGACUUGUAAGAAGUGUAUCUGCCAUCAGUGUGCACUUUGGGGAGGAAUGCAUGGUGGACAUACCUUUAAACCUUUGGCAGAAAUUUAUGAGCAGCAUGUCACUAAAGUGAACGAAGAAGUAGCCAAACUUCGUCGGCGUCUCAUGGAAUUGAUCAGCCUAGUUCAAGAAGUGGAAAGAAAUGUAGAAGCUGUAAGAAAUGCAAAAGAUGAACGUGUUCGGGAAAUUAGGAAUGCAGUGGAGAUGAUGAUUGCACGGUUAGACACACAACUGAAGAAUAAGCUUAUUACGCUAAUGGGUCAGAAGACAUCUCUAACUCAAGAAACAGAGCUAUUGGAAUCCUUACUUCAGGAGGUAGAGCACCAGUUGCGGUCUUGUAGUAAGAGUGAGUUGAUAUCUAAGAGCUCAGAGAUCCUCAUGAUGUUUCAGCAAGUUCAUCGAAAGCCCAUGGCAUCCUUUGUUACCACUCCUGUUCCACCAGACUUUACCAGUGAAUUAGUACCAUCUUACGAUUCAGCUACUUUUGUUUUAGAGAAUUUCAGCACUUUGCGCCAGAGAGCAGAUCCUGUUUACAGUCCACCUCUUCAAGUUUCAGGACUUUGCUGGAGGUUAAAAGUUUACCCAGAUGGAAAUGGAGUUGUCCGUGGUUACUACUUAUCUGUGUUUCUGGAACUCUCAGCUGGCUUGCCAGAAACUUCCAAAUACGAAUAUCGUGUAGAGAUGGUUCACCAGUCCUGCAAUGAUCCUACCAAAAAUAUCAUUCGAGAAUUUGCAUCUGACUUUGAAGUUGGAGAAUGCUGGGGCUAUAAUAGAUUUUUCCGUUUGGACUUACUUGCAAAUGAAGGAUACUUGAAUCGGCAAAAUGAUACAGUGAUUUUAAGGUUUCAGGUACGUUCACCAACUUUCUUUCAAAAAUGUCGGGACCAGCAUUGGUAUAUUUCUCAGUUGGAAGCUGCACAGACUAGUUAUAUCCAACAAAUAAACAACCUUAAAGAGAGACUUACUAUUGAGCUGUCUCGAACUCAAAAAUCAAGAGAUGUGUCACCACCAGAUAAUCAUCAUAGCCCCCAAAAUGAUGAUGCUUUGGAUACACGAGCUAAGAAGUCUGCAUGUUCUGACAUGCUUCUUGAGAGUGGUCCUACUACAGCUUCUGUAAGGGAAGCCAAAGAGGAUGAAGAUGAUGAUGAGAAGAUUCCGAAUGAAGAUUAUCAUCAUGAACUGUCAGAUGGAGAUCUGGAUCUGGAUCUUGUUGGUGAAGAUGAAGUAAAUCACCUCGAUGGCAGCAGUUCCUCUGCUAGUUCCACAGCAACAAGUAACACAGAGGAAAAUGACAUUGAUGAAGAAACUAUGUCUGGAGAAAAUGAUGUGGAAUAUAACAACAUGGAAUUGGAAGAGGGAGAACUCAUGGAAGAUGCAGCUGCUGCAGGACCUCCAGGUAGUACCCAUGGCUAUCUGGGUGCCAGUAGCAGAAUGUCAAGAAGAACCCAUUUAUGCUCUGCUGCUACCAGUAGUUUAUUAGACAUUGAUCCAUUGAUUUUAAUACAUUUGUUGGACCUUAAGGACCGGAGCAGUAUGGAAAAUUUGUGGGGCCUACAGCCUCGCCCACCUGCUUCACUUUUGCAGCCUACAGCAUCAUAUUCUCGAAAAGAUAAAGACCAAAGGAAGCAGCAGGCAAUGUGGCGAGUGCCCUCUGAUUUAAAGAUGCUAAAAAGACUCAAAACUCAAAUGGCCGAAGUUCGAUGUAUGAAAACUGAUGUAAAGAAUACACUUUCAGAAAUAAAAAGCAGCAACGCUGCUUCUGGAGACAUGCAGACAACCCUUUUUUCUGCUGACCAGGCAGCUCUGGCUGCAUGUGGAGCCGAAAACUCUGGCAGAGUACAGGAUUUGGGGAUGGAACUGCUGGCAAAGUCAUCAGUUGCCAGUUGUUACAUACGAAACUCCACAAAUAAGAAGAGUAAUUCACCCAAGCCAGCUCGGUCCAGUAUAGCAAGUAGUCUAUCACUUCGAAGAGCAGUGGACUCCGGGGAAAAUAAUCGUUCAAAAGGAGACUGUCAGACUCUGUCCGAAGGUUCUGCAGGAAGCUCUCAGACUGGGAGCAGGCACAAUUCUCCUCGAGCCUUGAUACAUGGCAGUAUUGGUGAUAUUUUGCCAAAAACUGAAGACCGGCAUUGUAAAGCUUUGGAUUCAGAUGCUGUUGUGGUUGCAGUUUUCAGUGGCUUACCUACUGUUGAUAAAAGGAGAAAAAUGAUCACCUUGGGGAAAUAUAAACUCAAAUCCCAGCCAUGGCAAUUAAACUUCUAUUUAUUCAAAAGGGCUAAUGCUAAAGGAGGUCAUCUGGAAGGAAUGCAGAUGACUGAUUUGGAAAAUAAUUCUGAAACUGGUGAGUUACAGCCUGUAUUACCGGAAGGAGCUUCAGCUGCCCCUGAGGAAGGAAUGAGUAGCGACAGUGACAUCGAAUGUGACACUGAGAAUGAGGAGCAGGAAGAGCACACCAACGUGGGCGGAUUUAACGACUCUUUUAUGGCACAGCCCGCAGAUGAAGAUACACAUUCCAGUUUUCCUGAUGGUGAACAAAUAGGCCCUGAAGAUCUCAGCUUCAGUACUGAUGAAAACAGUGGAAGUUUGAAACUAAAAGGGGAAAGUGUUAAAGGGAAAAGCUUGAGUGGUUGGAUGCAGAGUUCUAAGGAUGAAGUCAUUGGGAGACCAGUGGAGUCGCCAUUUAGCCUAUGGCAGAUAAUUUGAUUUGGAACCAACACUGCACCUGAUUGGUUGUUAACAAGAUCUAGGCUUCAGAAAAUGACAUUUGUGAGUGAGGUCCAUGUGUGGGGGCAAAGCAUCAGAAUGAUGAAAGAUUCUAAUUCUGUAGUUGGAGCCAUGUUUACUCACUCCUUCUCAACCAUGUGUCACAGACUUGAGAAAAGAAGAAUUGACUUCCAAAUCAAGAGAAAACAAAUACUGAAAAAUCUCUUACACCCAAAUUUUAAAAAAUAAAAUCUGUAGAUUAACAAUCUGAUCAUA